GUCCUUCGCGCAACGCUCCUUCGCUUCUUCUUCUUCCUCCUCAUCUCAGGAGUUGGGUUUGAUCUUGGGUCGCAGAAAGAAUGCAUGGCCAUUGCCAAGUUUCAAUGCAAUUUCGUGAAAUGUGAGGAUUGAGCAUUAAGCAGGGGAUGGAGACUACAUUUCAUACUACAGAGUAAAAUGGCGGGAAAACUUGGCGCCCUAAAAUCUUUCCUGUCUCUUCCUCUAUAUAACUCCUACCUUCCAUCUUCUCCGCCUCGCCUCAUACCAUUUUCCUUUCCAAUCUUUCCUCAUCGUCUUCGUCUUCCUACAAUGGCUCAAACAGCGAUGCAGAGCAAUGGCUGUGAGGCCCGGGAACCUUCCCCCAAUAUCCAAAAGGUUGAAUACAAUGGCACCACCGUUGUGCCUUUUCUUCGAGUGAAGAAGCUCUCUGACAAGGCCGUUUUGCCUUCUAGGGCUUCCUCUCUUUCCGCCGGUUACGAUCUAUCUAGCGCGGUGGAGACGAAGGUGCCAGCAAGAGGGAAGGCUCUGGUAGCAACUGACCUGAGCAUAGCGAUUCCUGAAGGAACCUAUGCUCGAAUAGCACCACGUUCGGGUUUGGCUUGGAAGCAUUCGAUUGAUGUGGGUGCGGGUGUGAUUGACGCGGAUUACAGGGGACCUGUGGGAGUGAUUUUGUUCAACCAUUCGGAUGCUGAUUUUGAAGUGAAGAUUGGAGACAGGAUCGCGCAACUGAUAAUCGAGAGGAUCAUGACGCCUGAGGUUGAAGAGGUUCAAGAUUUGGAUUCCACUGCCAGAGGUGAAGGCGGUUUUGGAUCCACCGGUGUCUGAUCAUCUUGUCGGUUGGCUCUUGGAAUUUCUGUGAUGUUUUGGAAAGUUGGGGUUAGGAGGGGCAUUUUGUUCUUCAAUCAGCUAGAAGGGGCUAUGGUUAGUGGGAUGGAAGCUUUUCUGUGAAUAGGAAGUUAAAUGGGCAGUGGCGGGUUUGAUCCUAGUUAAUAAUAUUUGUCUCUUGAAUUAAAGUGGGGAAUGAGAUUAUUAGAGGCGUAGUUGAGGAAAGGAAAUGGACGAGGGACUUGUUUACGCUC